AAUAUUCUACCAACAAAGAAUACAAUUAUAAAUUCUUCCUCAAAAAUAUCAAACUUUUGUUAAAGAAAAUGGCUACAAUAUGUGAGAGAUCCAGAGUGCUUGAAAAACAAAAGUACUGGGAAGAGUUCGACAAACAACACAAGUUCUUCAAAAUAAUGAUAAAUGAUUUCAGGCGUAGAUUGCGCAUUCCACACAAGUUUGUGGCUUGUUUUAAGAACAGUUACAAACUAUUGGGCCAGAAGAUUUUAACAGGCCCCAGUGGCAAUACAUGGUUAGUUGAGGUUAAGAGAACAGAGGAUGAUGAUUAUGUUUUCUGUAAUGGCUGGGAGAUGUUUGUCAAAGAUCAUUGCUUGGAAGAAGCAGAUCUGCUGGUGUUUAAAAUGGAUGGUUUUUCAGCUUUUGAUGUCAUGAUUUUUGAUUUAAGUGCUUGUGAAAAAGAGACUACCUUCUUUGUCAAGAAAAAUAGGAACCCUUGUAAACAUCCAGAUGAAGUAACAGAUGAACAUACAAGUGAGCAACAGAGUAGUGAAGAUGAACCUUCAAAUGAGGAUGAUGAUGAUGAUGCUGAUACGUAUGAGGAGGAUAACAUACAAAGAGGGCGAAAAUCAUCACGUGGAAAACAGUAUCAGUUCCAUUCAGUUCAGGCUAGUAGAGGGAAGAAAAUAAAGAAAAUCUUGGUAGCCAAGCAGGACAAUAGGAAAAGGAAGUAUACACCUAUGUCAUCACGCAAGAUAAAUGUUGAACCUGAGGAAAAAAGGCCUAUGUUUUCAAACAGGCGCCUGGUUCCGGAGAAAGAGAGGAUGAAAGCUCAUGAACUGGCCUCAAGACACACAUCUUCUGUGCCUUCUGUUCUGAUGACAAUGCAGCCUAUCCAUGUCUACAUGGGCCAACUGAAGCUCCCAAAGGAAUGGGCACAGAAGAACAUGAGGAAGAAAUCUGAGACAAUUAGUCUGAGAAUCCCUUCAAGAAGAACGUGGGCGGCCUCAAUUCGUUGCAGAAAGGAAGGACUGGUGAUUCAGUCAGGUUGGGAAGAUUUUGUUAUGGAUAAUAAUCUGGAGGAGUUUGAUAUUUGUGUAUUCGAGCUUGCUCAAGGAGGAAAACACAACUCAAAGCUAGUUAUAUUAGAUGUUUACAUAUAUCGUGUAAAGAAUGAGAUCAUGAGACCACUAUAAUUCUAACAGCACAUCUAGCUUUGCUAGUACUUUGUUUAUUUACUUUGACAAGUUUGAUUUGUUUUUGAGAUUUAAGUUUGUUAUGUGCUUCAGAUUUCAGCUGUAGACAAACUGAACUGUUAUGUUUUCUUGUUUCGUGAAUGUUAAUCUCUGAGAUUUCAAGAA